UUUGCCAGCCCUGGCACAAAGCAAUGGGAAGGACGCUGUAAGCUCGAGGGAGCUGAGAAUUCAGUAUUUAAUCCCUACAAGAAGGUCUGCGCUGGAGUACAUCUGGAUAUGGCGGGUGUCACAAUUUCACUCAAUGAGAAGGGAUUGACGAACAAAGCUUUCGACUCCACGGAAGAAGAAGGAUUCCCAGAGGAAGAACAGAAUCCACCUCCUGAGAACAACAGAAAGGAGAGAGCUAGACGCCCGGCCUUCUGGAGGCAUGUGGUGCAGCCUGUGUCGCGGGCCACGAGGUUUUGUAAGGCUCACGACAAGGUGAUCCGGAAGAUCUUCCUGGGCCUCCUGUGCGCAGCGUACCUGGCCUAUUUCAUUGCGGCCUGUUGCCUGAACUUCCAGCGAGCCCUCGCCUUGGUUGUUAUCACUGCUCUGGUCAUCUUCUUCGUGGCCUGGGACUUCAUUCAGAAACUCUAUGGAGACCAGCUGUCGAGGUUGCUGAGCCCCUGUCUGAAAUGCUUCCUGAAGUGCUGGCCAUGGCUGAGAUGGGUGUUCUGUCUGGCCGUGCUGGUGGGCCUGGUCAUAUGGCUGGCUCUGGACACCUCCAAAAGGCCAGAGCAGCUGAUUUCAUUUGCUGGCCUCUGCGUGUUUGUUCUGUUCCUCUUUGCCUGCUCCAAGCACCAUGGUGCAGUUGCCUGGAGAGCCGUCUUCUGGGGCCUGGGCCUGGAGUUUGUUCUUGGGGUCUUUAUCAUCAGAACGAACCCUGGAUUUGAAGCUUUCCAGUGGCUUGGCAAUCAGAUCCAGAUCUUCCUGAGUUACACCACCGCCGGCUCUGGCUUCGUCUUUGGAGAAAAUCUGAUCAAGGAGGCCUUUGCCUUUCAGGCUCUACCGAUUGUCGUCUUCUUCAGCUGCGUGAUGUCCAUUCUCUACUACACUGGCCUCAUGCAGUGGCUCAUCCUGAAGAUCUCCUGGCUGAUGCAAAUCACCAUGGGUACCACAUCCACCGAGACCCUCAGCGUGGCAGGAAACAUCUUUGUAGGGCAGACGGAGGCCCCGCUGCUGGUGCUCCCCUACCUGGCGGACAUGACGCUCUCCGAAGUCCAUGCGGUGAUGACCGGGGGCUUCGCCACCAUCGCCGGCAGCGUGAUGGGGGCCUAUAUGUCCUUUGGGAUUGACCCGGCCUCGCUCAUCGCUGCCUCUGUCAUGGCUGCGCCUUGUGCUCUCGGCAUGGCCAAGCUGGUCUACCCAGAAGUGCAAGAGUCCAAAUUCAAGAGCAAGGAAGGCGUGAAGCUCAGCAGAGGCACCGAGCAGAACAUCUUGGAAGCUGCCAGCAAUGGUGCGGCUGCCUCCGUGGGGCUGGUCGCUAACAUAGCUGCCAACCUGAUCGCCUUCCUGGCCGUGCUGAAGUUCAUCAAUGCUGCCCUGGCCUGGUUCGGGGAGAUGGUGAACAUCAAGGAGCUUUCAUUUCAGGUAAUCUGCUCCUACGUCCUGAUGCCCGUGGCCUUCCUCAUGGGGGCAGACUGGGAAGACUCGCCACUGGUGGCUGAGCUGCUUGGCAUCAAAAUCUUCCUGAACGAGUUUGUGGCCUACGAGCAGCUGUCCCGGUACAAGAAGAACCGGCUGGCGGGGCAGGAGGAGUGGAGUGGGGGCCGCAAGCAGUGGAUCUCGAUGCGAGCUGAAACCAUCAGCACCUUUGCCCUCUGUGGAUUCGCCAAUCUCAGCUCCAUCGGGAUCAUGCUGGGAGGCCUGACCUCCAUGGUGCCUCAGCGGAAGAGUGAGUUUGCGAGAAUCGUGCUGCGCGCGUUGCUCACCGGGGCCUGUGUCUCUAUGCUCAAUGCUUGUGUGGCAGGCAUCCUGUACGUGCCCCGAGGGGAAGUGACCGACUGCUCUGCCUUCCUGAGAGCCGCCACCUUCAACACCACCAGCUACGACAUCUACAUGUGCUGCCGGCAGCUGUUUGCUAACACGGUGCUCAGCAGCAACGGCACCUUGUCCUUCACCGGCAUCUGGGAAGGCCUGGAGAGCAGCACGGCAUCUCUGGCCCAGUGCUGCGGGCACUACAACAACACAGUCUGUGUGGGGCAGCCCUAGAGGAGAUGGGCAGGCGCCCAAACCAGCGCUCGGCCUCGGCGCCAGCUACCAGAGCCCACGUAGACUGUGGGAACAGGCGCUGGCCUCACCCUCUGCAGCACCAAGUGCACAGCCCCAUCGGCCUUUCCUCCUUGGACAGCACAGGACAGCCAGCAGCCCUAUGCCCUUGAUGGGGUUUCCUCCCCCAGUCCCUGGGUCUGUGCCCACUAGGGUGGAUCACAGCAACUGCCCAGGUCGGCCCUCCCCAAGCUGGGCCUGCCUGACGACCCAGGCCUUAGCAGCAGUAUUGGACCAUUUCUGGUAGGACUUGCUGGGGACUUUGGCUCACGCCCCAAGGCUUUGUUUAUGUCAAAACUACCUGCUACUAAAACCCUGGAGAGCC